AUGUCUCCUUCUUUGCUUCUCUCCCAGGCGUGCGCGGCGGUCGGCGGGCUGGAGAGUGGGCGGCUAGGGCGCGGCCGGCGGCCGGCGGCGUUCGACGGGCUUCGCUGCUGCCUCGAUGAUGAUCCUGGAGGCUUCGCUGCUGCCUCCCGGAUCUCAUACCCCGAGCUCCAUGUCCAAGCUCCAUGUGCUGAAAUUUUUGUGUGCUCCGUGUCCAAGCUUGCAUGGGUGUGUGGAGUCUGGAGAAAUGGGUUCAUGUUCACGGAGCUGUUCAGCCGGCUGGUGUCGUUGGGGACCUCUACGCUUCGAUUUGGAUCGUCGUCGCUGAACGUGGUGGCGUUGUUCACGCGGGUCUACCUCUGCUCACCGAUCUCCUACAACGAGCAGUCGCUGUACUUCCAGGCGGGCGACGUGGUGCCGUGGCGGAGCUACAGCUACCUGGGCGCAUCCUCGGUGUCGGUAUCGGCGUCCGGGUGCAGGGGCAGCGGCAGCAGUAACCCGCUGGUGGCGCCGCCGCCCGCGGCCGAGCAGAGGGCGCUGAUGAGGGGGGCAUCGGGAACUGGAAGGGAGAGCGCGAGGCGACCAAUUUUCCACGGCAAGUCGCUGACGGACGACAUCCUCAUGCGGCGGUUCGUCGACGACGAUGAGGCCAUGCAGCGCAACGAGAUGGAGAUGAUCCGGCGCCGCCACGCGACCGCUGCCAAGUGCCGGCGCCUUAAGCCCAACCCUCUCUGCUAGAUGGCCCUGGCGGAAUCAGAGUCGGAAGAAGACGACGACGAGAGAGAUGACGACGGAAGCUGA